CUACACGAAACAUGAGUAUUUUAUAUUUCAUGUAGAUUAUAAUGUUAUGUUAAAAAAAAAACAGAUGGCGUUACGUUUUGAUGCGAACGGAUAGAGUUUUUCCGAGGGACAAUAAAGACAUCAUAGUUAGUGGUAGACGCAAAAACAGCCAUGAAGUUUAUUAUGGCGAUUGUUUGUUUGAAUAUGUGACGUGAUACAUAGAAUAAUGUUGCAGAGCAUUGUUAGAAUGACGUUCAUGUUCUAUCCUUGCAAAAGAGUACUUUAAACCCGAUGUCAUUAAAAAGAGUACACUUUUGUUUACUACGCAGAUAAAUUAGAUUAAAAAUGGCUGAUGUCAGAUUGCUUAUACAAGAAGAAGGUCGUGCAGCAAGAAAUCUAAUUGCUUUUAAUGUACCAGUUGGUACAAAUAAUACAGAGAAAGUAACAAGGAAACCGCCUAGUGUACCAAGAGUGGUUCAAUCUGGAUCUAUGAAGAGAUCUAUGAAACCAGCCUCUAGAGUUAGAUCAGCUUCCACUGGUCGAGACAAAAAGUCUGAAUUACAAGCUCGAUAUUGGGCUUUUCUAUUUGGAAAUUUACAAAGAGCUGUAGACGGUAUAUAUCAAACGUGCGAAGAAGAUGAAAAUAUUUCUGAAUGCAAGGAAGUAAUUUUAGUGUUGGAAAAUUAUACAAAAGACUUCCAUAAUUUAAUAGAAUGGUUUAAAGUUAAAUGGGCUUAUGAAAAUUCUCCACCACCUUUAAGGCGUACACCUUUGGCUUGGGAAGUAAGAAAGACCUCGCCAUGUCGUAUUUGGAAUUCAACUAUAGUACCAAAAUCGACUAGCCCUUUACAAAGGAUAAGCCCACCAGAAUCCACAUGCAGAAGUCCUAUAGAUCAAGUUAUUUCAGAGAUAAAACCUAUGGUUACGGAUAAUAAAAUAAAUCAUAUAAAAGAGGAAUCAUUGCAUAAAAUAAUAAAGGAUAAUAAGAAUAAUGUUUCUAAAAAUAAUUCGACAAAUAUUAAAGAAAAAAGAAAGAAUGUGAUAGAGAGAGGUAUGAAUCAAUCGUCCAACAAAGAAAGAUGUAUAGGAUCUAAAACUAUUAAUAAAGCUUUUGUAAAAUCUCCAAUGAAUUCAAAAGCUAAUGGAAAUGGUUUAAUAGAUAAUAAAGUAACGAGCGAAGAUUCAUGUGAUUCUAAAAAUAAAGCCGAUACUAGAAACAUUGUAAAACAAAACAAAAAUUCUUCUCAGAAUGUAAGUACUUUAAAAACAUCGGAUUCGAAUUUAGCAAUCGACAAACAAACUUGUAUUAAUAAUAAAAAUGUGAAAUCAAGUAUCUAUCAAAACGUUGAAUCUGUGGAUAAAACGAUUAAGGAAAAUGAAACAAAUAGUAAGCUUAGUAAUCGAAGUAAAUCGGAGAUUACAUUAAUACCUAAUAAAAAGAAUACAGAAUUGAGAAAAAAUGAAAUAAUUAAACAGAAUAUAGACAAUAAUGAAAGUAAAAUUAUCAUAGAAAAUGUAAAUGUGGAUAAUAAGAUGAUACAAGUUAACAAUAAAUUGCAAACGCAAAAUAUCGAUACGACGGUAGCCUCAAAAAAUGCUAAAAAUACAAUAGAAUCGAAUAAAAUAAAGCAAAGAACAAACAAACAAUGUAUAAAUACUGACAAAGUAGAUAAUAAAUUAAUUACAAAAUAUUCGAAUAAAGAAAUACAUAAUACGAGUCAAGCAGCUUAUUCAACGGUAUCAUCGCGUAGACGAUCUAAUGAACAAACAAUAAAUUUAUCAGAAACACCCAAAUUUACCAGAAGUAAAACAACUUUGAGCGAUAGAACCAUAUCAUCUGCAAAUAAAGCCAGACCAGGAACAUCUGUUAUAAUCAGACGUCGACCUCAACAAUUGGAGAGGAAGGGCAAUGAGACUUUGUCGAAGAAAAAUCAAGAUAACGAUAUAAACGGUUCGGUAGAAGUAUUAACAAAACAAACGAUUAGCGUUAAAGCUAAAGACGAAGGUGAUGGCUGGCAAACCGUUCGAAGUCGUUAUAGAAGAGGUAGUACUCACAAUUUAAAUAUGUCUACGCGUUUUCAUAAACCAAGUACUGCCACAUCCUUGCCAGCUUUAUCGAUAGAAAGUCCCACUGAACGAAAUAAAAAGAAUUGCUUUACGCCCGAUGGUAAUAAACAGAAGAAAAAGUGUAUGGUAGGUAAGGCUGGGAAAAAUAUAAAUAACGAGGUUGAAAAAGUCAAAGGAGAAUCCGUAUUAAAUGGUAAUAAAGUUAAAAAUGCUUGGGAUAAUAACAUAAAGAAAAUUCCAUUGUCAAUAAACGACACAAAUUCUACGUCGAUGAUAGCAGCUAUUUUUAAAAGCGAUGCGGAGUUACUUGAAAAACGUAUACAACAAUUUAUGGCAGCUCAAGCCGAAAGAGAACGAAUUAUUUUAGAAGAGGAAAGAAAGACGGAAGAAGCGGAUUCUCAAAGAUCUCAACAAUUGUCAGAUGAGGAAGCUUCCUUGCAAAGGCAAAUUUUAG